UCUCUCAAAUGAGUGUAUCAGAUUUGCUGCAGGUUCAACAGCUCUCUUGGUGGACGUGUGUGUGGUGCUGAAGUAGUUCACAUCUUCCUAGAAACCAACUAGAACUGUGUAUUGAUGGAGGGAUUAAGCAAAGCAGGAUAUAUUUACAGUCCGUGAGGACAAAUCUUGGAUUUUUGCAGGUUGUUGUCUGAGAAUACUGGUGAAGGAGAACAAACAUCAUGAACAGCGUCACGGAGCUUGAAGACGGACCGCAGCACAAGGCUCAGAGGACGAGCUGUAGUUACCUCCUGUGCACCAUUCUGCUCUUUGUUGCUGUGCUGCUAGCUGUUACGGUAACAGGCACCAUCCUCUUAAUGAACCACUCCCAGGCACCCUCAGGCCUAGAUGGUCCGCCACUCAUCACUACCAAUCAAGACGAAGGCAACGCCCUGGUGACGGUGGAGAGAGGAGACGGCUCCCGCAUUAACAUCUUCAUCGACCCAAACUGCCCCGACUACAACAGCAACUUCCUGCGACUGGAGGGGUUACAGACGUCACUGCUGCAUUCGCUCAGCCACCAUGACACAGAUCUGAAGUCUGUGAAGGGACAGGAGCGUGCAUUGCUUGUCCAGUUGGCUGAAGAAAUUGCCAAGUUGUCAGCCCAUGGCAGCCAGCUGAAGGCGGAGUACAACGCACUGAAGCAGGGCCAGAGCAGCAUCAGCCAGGAGAUCAGCAUGCUGCAGACCGAGCAGGCCAGGCUCAUCCAGCUGCUGUCCGAGAGCCAAAGUAACAUGAUGAAGGUGGUAAACACAGUGAGUGACGUGUUCGACUCCAUGCAGAAGGAACCUGGCAGCAUGAAGGUGUUCCUGAAGGCAGACUUGCAGAGGGCUCCAGUGCGCAGUGGAAUCAGACCCAGGGGGUGUUCCAGCGGAGAGGGACGACCAAGAGACUGCAGUGACAUCUAUGCUAGUGGACAGCGUGAAGAUGGGAUCUACUCCAUCUUUCCCAUACACUUUCCCACAGGCUUUCAGGUUUACUGCGACAUGAGCACAGAAGGAGGUGGCUGGACGGUGUUCCAGCGCAGAGAAGACGGCUCUGUAAACUUCUACAGGGAUUGGGCCGCGUACCAAGAGGGAUUUGGCAAGAUUACAGGGGAACACUGGCUCGGUCUGAAGCGGAUUCACGCUCUGACCAUCCAGGCUAAUUAUGAGUUGAGGAUUGACCUGGAGGACUUUGAGAACAGCACUUCCUUUGCGCAGUAUGGAUCCUUCGGCGUUGGAUUGUUCUCCGUUGACCCGGAUGAGGAUGGCUACCCGUUGAGCAUAGCGGACUACUCAGGAACCGCUGGUGACUCAUUGCUCAAACACAACGGCAUGAAGUUCACUACAAAGGACAAGGACAACGAUCACUCGGAGAACAACUGUGCAUCCUUCUACCACGGAGCCUGGUGGUACCGGAACUGCCACAUGUCCAACCUGAACGGACAGUACCUACGAGGCCAGCACUCGUCUUACGCCGACGGCAUCGAGUGGUACUCCUGGACUGGUUUGCAAUACUCCCUAAAAUUCACAGAGAUGAAAAUCAGGCCUACGUGUGAGCAAAACGAAUGAGUGAAGCAAAUGAUCUUCAUCCUCUGUGGUGUAGGUGUUAGAAAGACUAGGAACAGAAAUGUGCGAGGACUGUAUGAUGAUGUAUUCUCUUCCUGUUUA